AUGUCUUUUCUCUGUUGUUGUCGUGGCCGACGAACUACGACGGCCUACCGAGGGCCAAGCCCAGACCGGGAGAUUCAAGAGGUACUCGAACUUCCAGUGCAUCCACCUCGUGCAAAGUUAUCUAAGUCACCGUUUCCCAUACCUGAGCUUGAGCUUUCAUCAUCACACAUCGCAGCAACGAAUGCUCCAUCUCUGCUACAUAAUUCAAUACCCGAGGCCACAGUUGAUCCUACUAUCCUUGAAGUCGAUGAUUCCGACGAUGAUGAGCCUGUGCGAAGCAUCAGAAACUCCAGCACCGGCACACUAGAAGCUAUCAAAACCAGGUUUAUUAGACCACUAUCCCAAAAAUCAGAAUCCAAGAGGCACUCGCAACAGUAUCUCGGCGCGAGCGAAGAGGAAAUCGCGCGGCGUGCCGAGUUGAAACGUCUGAUGCACAAGAGGAUCCAAGAAGAACUGAAGAGUGAAGAAGAACAAGAAGAAGCCGGCUCUAAGGCGACCGGUCCCGACGAAUCGAAGCCUGGGAGUUCCGCUAGUGUUGGAUUACUUGGUGGUGGACCUCGAGAUAAUAUAGAAUUUUCUGUCUCGGAUGUGAACGACAUCGGUUCCAAACACUCAGCGCCCGACUCCACGGACGCCGUGCUCCUUGCGCUCCCAGAAAGCAACUCUCAGCCACAGGUUUCUCUUCGACGAAGUAGUUAUCCAGGAUCGCCUAGUCGAUCUCAUGAUAGUUCUAUUCCUGAGAGUCACGUAAACCUCAAGGGACAAGGUUCUUUGCCGCAGUUCCCUUCUUCGCCUCAGCUGGCCCCUGUCCACCUACCAAGUGCUCGAGGCUCAGAAUCGCUCUGCUCUUGGCGACUUUCCUACAGCGCUGAGCAGAUCGCGAGCUACCUCGGCCCCCCUGAAGACCCAAGGCCUGACGAAAGGCCCGACCCUGCUAAUUCUACUGAUGAGAAGGAAGAUGUCGAUAAAGAUGACGAUGAGCAAGAGGACAAUAAUGCGAGAAGCCCAUCGGUUGAUCAAGAACGUGUGCAAAAUUCAGAGCCGAUGGAAGAUGCACAGCAGAAUGAACAGACACCAAGCCGUUUGGAGCAACAUGGUGAAAGCGACGUGGAACAACCCGAGAGCCCACAAAUCGAAUGCUCUAACCAUGAAGGUUCUGGCCAAGACUCUCCGUUAGACAUGUGGUUACGUAGCCAAGAGUUGCAGUCGACUUCCGCUCUGUCAAGUAGAAGAACGAGUGGUAUGAUCUCCCAUAUGAUCCUCGAUGUUUCAAACCCAGAUGGCACCGGCUCGCCCCAGAAAUCAACGAAAGACGUACAGAACGCGUCCGAUAACUUGUCUGCUAUUCCCCAAGAGGUACCGACACUGCCAUGCGGCUCAAACGUAGAUACCACAAUGAGCGAGCUCGAAUUGCUGCCCUCUUGGUCCAGUAAGCUGCGGCGACCUAGUCAGGGGUGUGACAGUUAUGCUGAGGAUGACAUCCCCAAUUUGGUGGAUCAUGCUCGGGAUGUCUCUUCUUCCCAUUAUGCAUCCUCGCGAUAUACUACUAGGCCUAAUAGUUGCCAGGCUACGGAAAAAGAGUCACGUCUGAGUUUAAUUGAGCUCUUGGGAGGACGAAAAGCUGUAGCGCCAUUCGCAAGCUUCAACCGUCUUAUAUAUCCUAGUGGAUCGACAGAUGCUGAGAAGUCUGACGUUAGCUCGUACAAGACAGCCCCAAAUGCGGCAUCAGCAUUGGACAUAACCAUGCCUGAAACUCAACAACUAGGAGGUCCAACGGCAGAUACGAGUUCAUUGGCAGUCUCUGAUACCGCAAGCUUCAAGCAACGAGAAGCAGAACUGAAGUCCAUUGAACAGCGAUUUACUCAAGUUCAUCUUCGUCGAGAUAAUGCUGCGAGCCCGAUUAUCAGCAAGUUUCGAGAGGAGUUUAACGAGCCCAGAACCUCAAUUCUUAGCAAGAACUCCAUACUUGCUAAAUUCCAUUUGUCAAGGCCAAAAAGAGCAAAGCAUCCGACAAAGGAUAUCUGGAGAUAUACGCUAUCAUCCAACAUCGGUCAGAAACCUGAGGAUAUGGUCUGUGCCAUUGGUCUGCGGCAAGAAACUUUCGUGCGCGAUGAAGAUGCCUCUGGUAGCCAGCAGCAGGAAAAUCCUUCACAAGGCCAGAAAUCUCUGGAGACCACCAAGGCAGAUCAAGGGGAACCCCAUUGUAUCUCUAGCGUACCCAGCCCCAAGACUAGAACGGAGCAGUUGAAACCGCCUUGUCGUCACGAUGACAAUAGCCCACAGUCGGACAUAUCGAACAGUGUGCUUAGAGAAUGGGUGAACCUAAUGAACGGUCAAGAUAUCGAGCCCCGAUCAGAACCAAAGGAAGAGCUACAGAAUCGUAGCCCUAAACGACUUCGGACACCCCCCGCAUCGUGGGCAAAAUGGCCGUCGCAUACGCGUCACGAGAGGACAGGGCCCGCAGGGAAAGACGACAAUGUGAUCCAAAGGGAUUUCGCAGUCCAGGUGGGGUCUAAUAGCAGUGAUGUAAUUUGGUCUACGGACAGACCCGGUGAACCAUCAAAGAGGCAUGUAAUUCCUGGAUCUCGAAGCUUAUCGGCGCAAUUGGGCAAAGUCGUCAAAGAAGGCUUGGGGAAAGUUGUCCCGCGAAAUUCUUCCGAGACACAUCGUCGUCGUCAGAAGCCCGAUGGACACUUGGAAUACCCCGAGCUCGAAAUUCUACCAAUGCGAGGUGGCUAUGAGGAGUUGCAAGCACUCGAACAACAGAUCGGCACCAUGAGACGUAAGCCAGUACCGGCAGAAGGGCAAUUAGCGCGGCUUAGCAGCGACAACAUGAGACCAGCACUGAGUGUACGACUCGCCGAAGAAGUUCAUAUGAUGCAGCAUAGAGCUUCUAGGAAUUCUUUGCAAGGUGAUGAUCAUAGGACCCGAAUCCCGCCAAGUGUAUCCCCUAUAUCCCCUCGGCAGUUACUCCUGCCACCUCAAAGGGUCUCUGAAGGGAUUGAUCGAUUCGAACCCUCUGAGUCCCCAGUUAGUUACGAGGACUGUGUGCCUAAACACAUGCUGGAAGAUGAGGCACCAAUGGAUAACGAUAUGACGGCUGUGAAGGAAGGUCACAAUUCGGAAGCGACUUAGUAUCAAUCUGUUAUGCCUAAUCCAUGACACUGGUAGAUCCACUAUCCUAGUAUGCAUAGCCCUAUUUAAUUAACAUGGUGGCAAUAUAGUGAGGGGGGAGGUUCGGAUCGUGCGACCUGACGGGUGUGGUCUGUCUCAGCAUAUUAAUUGUCGAAGUAUUUUGUGGGAGUUGUCGCGAAGAGCGUGGAAUAAUGCGACGUUAAAAGGGGUUUGCAGUGUGGUGCCAUGGUCCGUCGUCGAGACAGGUCGCGUGCUCCGCUAAGCACAACAAACAUUGACUGCUGAAAAUAUGCCUGUA